UCGGCGGAGCGCGGCAGACGCUCGCGACGCACAGAGGCGGCACUAGGAGGUCGUCGACGAUGCUGCAGACGUUCGGCGUGCUCGCGCGCCACGUGCCGCUGACUCCCAAGAAGGUCGCCAUCGACAACCCCGUGUUCAGGCUGCACUACCGCGCCACGGUGCUGCUCCUGCUGGCGUGCACCGUGCUGGUGUCCAGCCAGCAGUACGUGGGCGAGCACAUCCGCUGCAUGGCCGACGGCGGGCUGCCCGAGCACGUGGUCAACACCUACUGCUUCUUCGCCGCCACCUUCACCGUGAUGAACGCCUCCGCCGAGACGGGCGCGGCGCUGCCCGGGCAGCCGGGGGUCGGCCCGUGGUCGGGCGACGGCGAGACCCAACCCGUCGUGAGGCACGCCUACUACCAGUGGGUGCCCUUCCUGCUCUUCCUGCAGGCGCUGCUGUUCUACGCGCCGCACGCGGCCUGGAAGCGCGCCGAGGGCGGGCGGCUGGCGGCGCUGGUGGCGGGCCUGGAGCUCGCGCCGCUGGCCUCGCAGCAGCACCAGGUGCGCGCCGGGGCGACGCACGUGCCCUCGCUGGGCGAGCGCGACGCCCAGGUGGCGGCGGUGCGCGCCGCCUUCCUGCUGAGGCUGCACGUGAACCGGCCCUGGGCGUCAUGGCUGGUGGCGUGCGAGCUGCUCAACGCCGUCAACCUGGCGGCGCAGGCCUGGGCGCUGGACGCCUUCCUCGGCGGCCGCUUCGCUGACCUGGGCCCCAGGUGGAUACGGUCCGGCGGCUCGGAGAUCGACCUGGUGUUCCCCAAGAUGACCAAGUGCCUGUUCCACAAGUUCGGGCCGUCGGGCUCCGUGCAGAACUACGACGUCCUCUGCGUCAUGGCGCUCAACAUCGUCAACGAGAAGAUCUACGCCUUCCUCUGGUUCUGGAUGUGGCUGCUGGCGGCGGCGACGGCGGCCGGCCUCCUCUGGAGGCUCCUCACCUUCUUCCUGCACUCCCGGAGCGUGGGCUUCAACCGAGCCGCCUUCCGCCUGGCCGCCAGCUCGGGCGCGACGCGCGACGCCUGGUCGCUCGUCACCGUCACCCGCGAGUGCCACUUCGCCGACUGGCUGUUCCUCUACUACCUGGCCAAGAACAUGGACGGCUUCGUGUUCCGCGACCUGUUCCUGGGGCUGGCUCGGGAGAUGGACGACGCCGGCAAGAAGUCGUCGCCUCUCGCCGAGCCCAACCACAACGACGGCGGCGACCAGGUCCUCCUCACCUGAGCACUCGCGAGCGCUGCGUGCUCGAAGACUCCAUCGGCGACUAGGUGACAUUCGAGGGAGAAAACAUCUUACAGCAAUUUUUCCAAUGGUUUGAAUACCUAUUGUGAACGAACGCACUCCUCAUAUAAUACCUGCAUCUAUGGCAGCUAUUUUGGGCCCAUCUUAUAUCUUUAUUAACCAGUUCGUCUUGUCUUCCGAGUCAUCUUAAACUUGAGGUGAUAUUGUAUUCGUGGCUGCCCUACUGUUGCGGACCUGUGCAGGCGAUGACAAGAGCAAAGACUGCAGCAAAGACUGGAGAGAGGUUAAUCUCCAAAACUCUGUUAAGGUAAUUUUCCUAAACAUGUAAUAGAAAUUACUAACCUAUAAAAUUUAUCAUUCAAAAACUUAUGAUAGCUUUCCCUUAAUUUUUUUUAGGAAAUUUCCAAUGCGUAGUAAAUGUACCAUAUUCUUAUGGUAAUAUUUAGAGGUAUUCAUUUUUUGCGAAAAUGCUUUUAUAUUAGCUGAGAGUUAAAACACUGUGUUUCAUGAUUGGUCCAGUUUAUUUGAGGUAAUUGUCUACUGUCAUCACACCAAUCACAAUAAUUCCGUGCUGAAGCAAACGCGUCCUGAGUGGCCCGGUAAAAUAAGACAGUGGCUUCUCUUGCAGACGGCCGCUAAUUACAAGGGAGAAACCGUUGGUGCGGACACACCAUAUUUCAGUCUAAUAGACGUUCAGAUUUUUCUUGCGAUAAAUACAUGCCGCUAGUUAAUAAUAACAUGAAUUAAAAUUGAGGAAUGUUACCAAACCUACUUUGCUGCUUAGAAGCGAUUAAAAACAUGUCGCAGAUUUAGCAAACUUACAAAGACUAAAACUAUUUACGAAUGUGGAUCUAACCUGAAGUUCACCCAACAUAGAAAUUUCCUUUGGAGCUAUGUAUUUUUAGGGCAUAAUUCAGACUCGCACAUAUGGGUUGCUAGUAUGAAGUGAAGAGUACCUUAUGCAAACAAAAGUCUUUCAAGUUAACGCUUGCAAAAUAGCAUUGGUUCAAGUCCAGCUACUGAACAUGAAACGACCAACAAGUCGUGAGAGACCCAGUCUGCAGCAGGUCCUCGGUGCCUUGCCCGAUGUCAGCUGUUCCUGCUCGGUGGCCCGGUUCCACUCCCCAAAGUAGCAGGCAGUUGCCGUGGCCUUACUCCCGGCUGGUCGGGGUGGGUUCCUUGAGUAUUUGGAGGCGGUAACCGGUUCAAGCAUCGUCCUUUGGUAAUCGUGUAGUGCUGGCGUGUUCCUGACUUUAUACGAGGGCGUAUCAAUAAGCAACGCACAUGUCAAUGUUUAAAUAGGAUAAUAAUUAGUAAAAAUUGAAAUUAUUUACUAAAAGGGAACUAGAUGGGCGCUACUGACGGCACAAUGCAAGAUCUCCUGAUGCCAUGUACCGAUAGCGUUUCGUCAGUCACCGGUAUAACGGCGUUGGUGAUUUCAUCGUCAAUUGUGGAAGAACCAAAGAACUGUGAUAAUAUUUCUUUUUGCAAAUGGAAAGAACGUUGGAGAGAUCCAUUCGGAGAUGCUGGAAGUUUCCGGAAAAGGCUGUAUUGACCGAACUAACUUUGGAAGAUGGUGUUGAUGAGAAAUUGCUGGGAUACAGUUGGGAUGUUUUGGAGAGCCCAUCCUACAGCCCGGAGCUGGCUCCCUCCGAUUCCUAUCUGUUUGGACACGCGAAGGAGUUCCUCGGUGGUAAGAAGUGUGACUCUGGCGACGGACUCAAACGGGCCGGGCGAAUGUGGCUCUUCUCGCAGUCGAUGGAGUGCUAUGAGACCAGGAUUCCAAAAUUUUCGUUGGGACAAUUGCCUCAACACUCAUGGAAGUUAUAUACAUGGGUAAUGCUUUCAUUUCUGCUUCAUAUUCUCAUUAAUUUCUUUGUCUUUUGUUUAUAUCAUGUGUGUUACCUUUUGAUACGCCCGCGUACAAAGGCAGGAACCGCCAACACUACACGACAUCACACGAUUACCAAAAGAUAAUUUUUGGUCAUUUUAUCAAAUGACUUGAUGAAUCGGAAAGUUUUUGCCAAACUAAUAAGAAGUUUCAGAGAGGGAUGUCUACUUCCCACCCUCUCAAUAUAUCGAAAGCCCAGCAAUUUGUCCUCGUGUGUCACUUUAGCAUUUACGUUAGGAUCGGGCGCAAUAAUCAUUUUAACAUAAAAUAAAUAUUUAUGAAAAACCAAAAUGAAAAAUAAUGUUGCUCAAAGUAGAGUUUGAACAAUCUGAUGAACAUACAAGUGAUAUGAAGUGUGAUUUCUUGCAUGUUUAUUCAAGUUUAUUCAAAACGUUUUCUAAGGAUCUAAUUGUAUUGAUUCCUUAAGAUCAUUAUUUGUUUUACAUUAUUUUUGAUGACCUCUCCUAUGUGAACAUGAACUGCAGUUAUUACGGGGUUUGGCUAUAGGUUGUAUUAGACAAAGUGUAUUUAUAGUCAAAUAAAUUGGAGAAUCGUAAUUUACGAGUGAGAGAAACAAUAGACUGAAAGUAAACAAUAUUUAUUUUUAUGCAUAUAUACAUGUUAUUUUCUAUAUGGAAUAUGUGUUGUUGUUUUGAUGUUAUUGCAAGGAUGCAUUCAAAAACAAAUUUCUAUCCAAAAGCUGAUAAAUAAAACUUUAAGUACUUUGUAAACUAUAAAUAACAUAACAAUGAAUAAUCACUGAGACUAUCUUAGAAUUUAAGUCCACCCUCAACCGUCAGAUUAGUACCUUUCUAUAUAUAUAUAAAAAAAACAUUUAAACCACCGUGUGAAUUUUAGCCUUUAUUAAUUGGUAAGUACUUAGAUUAAGAUGUUUUAAAAUAAUAAGCAUUAUUCAUAUGGAUGAUCUUCUGUUGUAAAUGGUCAUUUGAAAUCGGUUCCAGUCUAAAGAACGUAAAGAGAAUUACUUAACGUUAUAACAACAAUGGAUUUGUUCCACAAAAACUUAUCCAUUGUUCUGUCAUAAUGAUCAAUCUAUAAAACAUGUUACAUUGUCUGACAAUUGUCGAUAUUGCCUAACAAUAGCUUAAAAUAUUUAUGUUUAUCAGAAGUAUUCGAUGCAAAAAAAAGUAAUAUUUUUGGUUAAGAGUACUAAAGUUUAGCUUUGGAAAUUCUGUACAAUGUUGGAUUGCCGUAUAAUAAAAAAAACUUGUUAUGUAAAAACACA